AUGCCACGCUGGAAUGUGGAGAGGCUCAUCACCCUGGUCCAGGAGAGGCCAGUGAUUUGGGAUUCACGCUCCAAUGACUAUUCGGACCGCCUAAAAAAGGAUGCUGCGUGGGAGCAAGUUGCCCGGAGCCUGAGAAAAAACGAAUGGGCCAAGGCGGAUAGCCGAGGCCGGGCCGAUUUACUAAAACUAACUAAAACCCGCUGGGCCAGUUGCCGGGACCAAUUCCGGCGGGAGGUCACUAAAAAAGGACGGAGUGGAGAGGGGACGUCAGGGAAGCGCCCCUACAUCUACACUGCCCAGUUGCAGUUCUUAAGACCGGUCAUGGAUAUGAGGACAACUGUGGACAGUCUGGAUCCUACGGAAGAUUCCGACUCAGGUGGGAGUGAAAGCCCAGCCGUCUUUUCACCUGAACCAAGUCCAGCACCUACGCCGGCGGAGGACGUGGACGACUCCACACUGGCCCAGGCCCCCCUACCACUAGCCAGUCCAUCGCGGAAUCCUCAGCCGCAGCCAAGACGUCGCCGCCAAGUCCCUCCUGCCACCUCUGAGCAAGAGAGUCGUGCGGCAAUUGAUGCACGCCUCAUUGAAUUUCUUGCUCAGAGGCGGAGUGAUGGUGUGGAGGACAAGAUGCUUAGGGGACUUGGGCCCCUAUUGAAGCUUGUUUCGCCAAAUGACCAACACCAGUGCCUGGCUUCUUUGAUUGUGGUCCUCAAAAUGUUCACCCUUCCUAAUCAUGGUGACAUUCUAGCGCAAUUAAAUAACAUGAGGAGGGAAAUAGAGGAUGCCGCACAGCCCCCACCUCCUGACCCCUUUCAAUUUGCUCCACAACACACCCAGCCACCUUCUUUCCCCCCACACCACCAGUAUGGCCUACCCCAGGGCCAAAGGCAAGGUGUGGCUCAGCCCCUUUACCCGGGCAGUUUGCCACCAUGUCCACCACAGCAGGCCCAAGGAAGGCCACGGUCAUCCUAUCCAGUGGGUUCCUUCACGCAGGACCUGCUGAAUAUGUGA